AAUGGAUUUUAAAUAAUGAGGCAGGUGCUAGUACCAGUUUGUCAGCCUUUGCACUGCUGACUGGAACCUUUCAUGAGAUAUUGAAUGUUUCUGCAACACUUUCCAAUAUCUCUACUCAUUUCGAUAAUGUGACAUCUAAUAGAGUUAUCAGAAAAAUGACUACUUCUCCAGUAGAAGUCUGUGUCAAUCCUCCAUUUUUUCUUUAUAUUGGCUAAAUUUCAAAAUAAUGCAGAAUGGUUAGAUUGUACAAAUGUCACUUGUUUUUUUGACACAAUGCUGGAAUGGAACUAAUUUCUUAGCCUUAGUGGUACAUUUACCAACGUUCAUCCCUGUGCCUGUUGAGGCAGAUCCAGAGAAGUUACCAAUCAUGAGUCUUGUCCGGCAGAAGAGAGAUUUCGGUAUAACUACAGCCAUUGUGGUGGCAAUCUCUGUUAGUGCGGUUGCUGCAACAGCUGCUGGGGUUGCCAUGGCAACCACAGUCCAAACAGGCACAGCCCUAAGUCAAUUGUCAGCCACAGUGGCAGAUGCUGUUAAUCUUCAUACCUCUGCUAGUGCCCAGUUGAAGGGCAGAUUAAUGGUUGCUAACCAACGCCUCGAUCUUGUAGAGGAAAGAUUGGAUAUUCUUUUUCAAAUGGCCCAAUUGGGAUGUGAAAGAAAAUUGGGGGCGCUUUGCAUUACCAGUGUGCAGUAUGAAAAUUUUACCCGAGCAGAUAAUUUGUCUAGGCAUUUGUCAUUGUAUCUUGCAGGAAAUUGGUCAGAAGGAUUUGACGAGACUCUUGAGUCCCUGAGGGCAGCAGUGUUGGCUAUCAACUCAACACGAGUGGACCUGUCGCUAACAGAGGGACUCUCCUCCUGGAUUUCUUCAGCCUUUUCUUAUUUUAAGAGUGGGUGGGAGUUGUUUUGUUUGGGGCAGCCUGAUGUUGUGGCCUAGUGUUCAUGCUUUGGUUGGUCUGCAAGCUCAGAUCUCAACAGAAAUGUGACAAGGUCGUGAUCACUCAAGCAAUUGUGGCCAUUGAACAAGGGGCCUCCCCUGAAAUUUGGCUAUCCAUGCUUAAGACUUAAUUGGCAUCUGAGUUCUCUGCUCUUGCACCCCACGGAUCUGAAGAUCCAUUGCACUGGGAUGAGAGAGACUCAAUGAUCAUUGAUCAGCCCUUGCACAUCGCUGAGGUUUCUUCAUUGCAUGCGACAGGGUGAUCAUGAUUUCUCCGCUAAAAUUUUUCCUUAAAACCUG